AUGGAUAUUGAGAUCAUAGAAUACAAGCUUAUACUGAAACUCAACUCUGUUGUGGACAUUGCAAAGGUCUUGAAUUUGCAUUCCCUACUUCCAGAAUUGGAAGAUUUAAUUAAAAACAUAAAAUAUAAUGGUGACUACUGUCAAGAGGUAGCUGAUAUUCUGAAGGUUGCUUUGUGUGAGGCUGAACAUGUGGUGGAUAAAUAUGAAGUUUACUCUUUGCAAAGCCAGUUGCUUUCCAGAUCAAAAACAUCAAAGGUGAUUAAUUUCUUCUCUGGCUCAAACCAUUUUGUCCUUCGAAUUCGGAUGGUUUUUGAAAUUGAAAAACUUGUCAAGAAAUGGAGAAAUGAAGAAACUCUUUCUGUAUUUCCCAUUGUUGGAGUUGUCGGCAUUGGAAAAACUACUCUUGCCAAAUUGGUGUAUAAUGAUCCAAGGAUAGUUAGUCAUUUUCAGCUGCAUUUGUGGGUUCAUGUGUCUCGUGUGUUUAAAGUGGAGAAACUAUUAGAACAAAUUGUGAAUUCCGAUCCAGUUAAGUGGGAUGAACUGAAGAAAUCGUUGAUUGCAGGUGAUUGUGGUAGUAAGAUUCUUGUAACAACACGGUUUGAUGAAGUAGCUUCGAUGAUGGGGACGGUUCCUGCAUACUGUUUGAAGGGUUUAUUAAGUGAAGAUUGUCUCACUUUGUUCUUGAGAAAGGCAUUUGAACAAGGUCAAGAAGUGCAACAUCCAAAUCUCGUUAGUAUUGUGUCAGAUAUAGUGCAGAAGUGUGAGGGAAAUCCCCUACUGUUAAUGAUUUUAGGAUCUUCAUUGCACAUGGAAACCAAGGAAAGGGAGUGGAAUGAUGUUAAUGCUAAUUAUAUGUGGAACACAAAUCAGAAUGACAAAAUUUUACCUGCACUAAGAGUGAGCUACGAGCGAUUACCAUUUGAUCUCAAAGUUUGUCUUGUUUUCUGCUCAAUAUUUCCCAAGGGCUAUGCGAUUGAAAUAGAUAAAUUGAUACAGGUGUGGGUAGCAGAAGGUCUCAUUAGUAAGUCUAAUGAAUCAGAAGAUCUUGAGCACAUUGCGAUUCAAUAUUUCCGAGAGUUAUUGUUGAGAUCCUUUUUUCAAGACGUUGAAGAAUAUCGUUCCGUUUAUACCUCAAUCUGUACAUUGCAUGACCUUGUAUAUGAUCUUGCACUAUCAGCAGCAGGGGUUGAAUUCUGUACAGUAAAUUCUCACAUACAAAACGUUUCUGAUAAGGUCAUACAUAUGGCGUUUUCUGACUAUGAUUUGUCAGGCAAGGAACUGCCAACAUCCCUUGUCAGUAACCGGGCAUUAAGGACCAUAUCCUUCUCCGUUGAUGGAGUAGGGCCGAUGAGUACAAUGUUCGUUGAGAAUUGCAUAGCAAGAUUCAUGCAACUUAGGGUGCUAGAUAUCAGUGUUUCAUGUUUUAAUGAGUUGCCUAGCUCUGUUGGCGAACUGAAGUAUUUAAGAUAUCUUGAUGUAAGUGCCAAAGGCAACAUUAAAGAAUUACCUGAUUCAAUUAACAACUGCAACGAUCUAGUAUCUUCUUCUGAAGGUCUGCAACAUCUGACUAGUCUUCGUACAUUGGCAAUCAUCGGUUGCCCAAGACUGACCUUUUUCCCAAGUACUAUGAAGCAGCUUACUGCAUUAGAGAAUCUGUUGAUUGUUGACUGUGAAGAGCUUACAUUGUUGGAGUGGCAUGAUAUUGAAGGACUUAGGAUGCUUCGGUCAUUGGUUAUUGGAGGCUUACCUGAAUUGGAGUCAAAAGAUGUUCAAUGCCUCAGAAACCUUCAGAUGUUGGUACUUGCUGGUUUACCACAGUUAGUUACUUUGACCCGAUGGCUUGAAGGUGCUAGUGCUGCUCUACAAUACCUGAGGGUGGAAAGAUGCCUGAAUUUCGCAGCAUUGCCACAGUGGCUGGAAAAUCUUAGUGCACUUGAAAAACAUGAAAUUUCCAAGUGCCGUAAAACAUUUUCAUUGCCCAAGGGGAUGAGUUGGCUCACGAACCUGAAGGUAUUUCGGAUCGACAACUGA